GAGGACCUUCGUGUGGAUGGCCGUGGCUGUGAAGACUACAGAUGUGCAGAAGUAGAAACAGAUGUUGUGUCUAACACGAGUGGGUCUGCGAGAGUAAAGCUGGGACACACUGAUAUCCUGGUAGGUGUAAAAGCAGAACUGGGGACACCGAAGUUAGAGAAACCAGACGAAGGUUACCUGGAAUUCUUUGUGGAUUGUUCUGCCAAUGCUACUCCUGAAUUUGAAGGCCGGGGAGGAGAAGAACUUGGCACAGAGAUAGCAAAUACACUCUACAGAGUAUUCAGCAGCAAGGGCAACUUGGACUUGAAAUCACUCUGUAUUAAUCCCAGAGAGCAUUGCUGGGUUCUCUAUGUUGAUGUACUGUUACUGGAAUGUGGUGGGAACCUCUUUGAUGCAAUCUCUAUCGCAGUGAAGGCAGCUCUCUUUAACACAAGGAUCCCCAGGGUGCGUGUGUUGGAGGUGGAAGGCUCCAAGGAGAUCGAGCUCUCUGACGACCCCUACGACUGCAUCCGCCUGGGCGUGGCUGACGUGCCCUGCAUUGUCACACUCAGCAAAAUUGGAUACAGGCAUGUGGUGGAUGCCACCCUUCAGGAAGAAGCCUGUUCUUUGGCCAGCCUGCUUAUUUCUGUGACCAGUAAAGGUGCCCUCACUUCUGUGAAGAAAGUGGGCAAAGGCAGCCUGGAUCCUGAGAGUAUUUUUGAAAUGAUGGAGACAGGAAAAAGAGUAGGGAAGUCACUGCAUGUAGCCCUGCAGAAGGUUCUGGAUGAAGAAGAGAGUCUGGGGACCUCACGGCAGAAAGUUGGAUUUCUAGGAUGAGUUUUUAUUAAAUGUUCAAAACUGUUUUUAAUUGAUUGUGCA